AUGAGCCUGAAGGUGGAUAUGAGCCUGAAGGUGGAUAUGAGCCUAAAGGUGGAUAUGAGACUGAAGAUGGAUAUGAGACAGAAGGUGGAUAUGAGCCUGAAGGUGGAUAUGAGAAGAUUGGCGGAUACAAAUCCAAGGAAUGCCGAUAAGUGGAAUUUGAACGCGCAUAUUUCAAAGAAAUUCGGCGAAAAAAAUCAUGAGCGUGCCAAUGAAAGGGGAUUAAUACUUGAAAACUUCAUCCAUGAGAAACAACUUUUAUCUGCGAACUCACAAGACUGGUCUUUAGGAUGUGACUUUACGUUUGUAUCAUACGACGGGGAACACCAUUCUCUUAUUGACCAUAUUUUGGUUGAAAGCAGUAAGUGUGAUUUGGUGGCAUCUUGUGAAACACAUGAUGAUCACUUCCUCAACGUAUCCGACCACCUACCUGUUACCAUUGAUUAUGAAGCGGAAUUAUGUGUUACUAGAACGCAUACAAACGCCCCUCGGACAGUUAACUGGAAAAGGGCUACAUUUGAAGAGAAAACUAAAUAUGUGGCACAGUUAGACGAGAGAUUGAGACAUAUGCUAAAUCUUCGUGAUUCCAGUAUCAAUUUUGAUCAGCUGGAAAGCACUGUUAAGUAUAUUGUAGCUACGAUACGGGAGGCUGCUAACGCAAACCUACCAAUAAAGAGAUACCGCCCAUUUCUUAAACCUUAUUGGAAUUACGGGCAUGUUAAGGAAUUACAUAAUGCUAUGCGGCAACGUCGUGCAAAUUGGUUGAAAGAAGGACGUCCAAGAGGACAUAACUAUGAAUCGUACAAAGUAUAUAAAGAGUCAAAGCGCGAAUUUAGAAAAUCAUUGGACGAAGCGCGGAAAACAUAUGAAGAAAAACAGAUGGAGGAACUACAAGAGGCAGCCGAAAUAGAUAUUGGAACAUUCUACAAGGCGGUCAGGAAAAAGAAAUGCCACAAAUUUGCGUCAAAUGAACUGCGUAUCGAAAAUGAGAUCAGUCGCGAUUCGGAUACUAACAGGAAAGCAUGGGCUGAACACUAUAAAAACCUGGCGAAACCGGGUACGCAACCACAUUUUGAUGCUGAUUUCAAAGAGGAAGUACAGCGUAACAUCGGACAAAUGUACAUGAACAGUUUUAAUAACCAGAACACUAUAUGCAAGAAAAACAUUCGGUUUGAUGAAUUAACAAAAGCAAUUGGCGAUAUGAAAAAUGGGAAAGCAGGUGGUCAUGAUAGCAUUAUUGUGGAACAUAUUCGUUAUGGAGGAACUGUGCUGAAGAAAGUCCUAGUCAUUUUGUUUAACAUUAUUAUUGAUCUGGAGGAUUAUCCUAAACACUUCAAGAAGGGAAUCGUCAUUACACUAUUCAAAGGUGGAAAGAAAGAUCGUCUGGACAUGCAUAAUUACAGAGACAUUACGUUGACUCCUGUACUGCAAAAAAUAUUUGAAAAAAUCAUGUAUCAGCGAAUUUCAAAAUACUGUUUAAAAGUUGGAUUCCCACACAAGCUACAACAGGGAUUUAGACCUCAAUGUGGCAGUAUCACCGCUGCAUUCACUGCAAAAGAAUCAAUCUGCCAUUUUUUGGAGCGCAAUUCAAAAGUUUUCGCCGCGUUUCUGGACAACGCAAAAGCAUUCAACAGUGUUUGGAUAAAUGGAUUACUCGUGAAGGUAUAUCGAUUAGGCAUAAAUGGUAAAUUCUGGCGGAUUCUGCAUAAUUCGUUUGCUGAUGUGACUGCGUGCGUUCUUUACGACGGGGAAACGAGCGAUGCGUACCCUAUAGAGCAAGGGGUCGGUCAAGGACGCACGCUCUCUGCUUGGCUCUUCCUGGUUAUGAUUGACGAUUUGGCGGUUAGAUUGGAAGAUUCAGGCCUUGGGUUACAUGUGCAAAGUGUCCAUAUUCCGUGUGUCUUCCUAGCAGAUGACACAUUACUUCUAGCUGCGUCGAUAAAAAGUCUACAGAUGCAACUAGACAUUGUUCAUGACUAUGCAAAGCUAUGGAGACUUAAUUAUAAUUCAACAAAGUCGUCACUUAUGCAGUUUUCAAACCGGAAACGACCGCAAAACUUUAUCAACUGGUCCAUAGCCUUCAUCAACUUGUCCAUUGCCUUCAUCAACUUGUCCAUAGCCUUCAUCAACCUGUCCGUAAUAUUCAUAAACUUUUCCAUAACCUUCAUCAACUUGUCCAUAACCUUCAUCAACUUGUCCAUAAUCUUCAUCAACUUUUUCUAG